GGAAUUAUCCUUUAAAGACAGUAAAGCUUCCUGUAAGGUGUGCGCAAUACUACACAGUGCUUCUCAAAUGCUGUUGCAACCCUACAAAAAACCAUAUGCUGUAUGCCAACUCAUCACAACAGGAGGAAGAGAAAACAUCAAAUAUCUGUCUUCAUCUGAACAAACAGGUUCACGUGCAUCUCGCUGGACAAGCAGCAUUAAACAUAACAGCUGUGGUUUAUAUCUGAAGAUGACUUUGUUUCAUAAAUUACGAAUCUUGAUCUCCUCAAAUUUAAGUAUAUAUUCUUUUAUUCUGAGUUCUUUGUCAUUUGGAAUGGAGGCAUUGGUUGAAGUGAAGUUUUCCUGUCCAUGCAAUACCGCUUCAAAUCAAGUUCUUUUCUGGCUAGUACUGAUGGCUCCUGCUUUAUUCGUCUUUCUUUUAAUAUUCCUGUUUUCAAGACCCUUUAAAGAUGAAUAUAAGUGCUGCUCUCUUAAUUGUAAAAAGACUUCAUCUGACACGUCAAACCCUGGCGAACCUCGGGAGCUACGUUCUCUCACUACACCAACGUCUGACCAAACACAUGAAACAACAUCUGACCAAACUCAUAGUCCACCAUUUAAACAAACUCAUUUCAUAAUACCGUUUGUACAAUGUCUAGUUCCACCUGUUGUGUGGUUCUUCGUCGUGCUUUAUGAUGGUGACUAUUACGCUUGUAGUAAGACAGACUGGAGUGGAACAUAUGUUACAGAUGAUGAGCUGAAAAUUCAAUGGUGUAAACCCAGAAACUCAAGUAAAGGAGGUCUUGAACUACGUGAUCACACUCAGGCUUUACUCACAAAGUCAAAGAAGUAUAGCUUCAUUCUGGCCAUCGUCUUCUGCCUUAUCACGCUUGUUAUUGUGGGUGCCUAUGACUUAUAUAAACGGAAAAAACGUGGUGAAACUUCAGGACAAUAAAGUGACAAAUGUCUAAAUAUGAUUCUGUGGCUUAAUCAAUAUAGUGUAAAAAGUAUAAGCUGCUUUACUUAAAAAUUACUAUGUCAGAAUUUAUGCUCUUAAUUUACCAAAAAAUUGCUUUUGUUUAAAAACUUUGUUGGAGACUCAAGAUUUAUUUUAUGUUCGUUCUUGUAAUAAUAUUUGCAUCUCAGAAGCAUGUACUGAAAGUUUUGAAAGGGUGUCGUAUCAGUGACAGCUUUUGUACCUUUCUUUUGUAAUAAACUAGCACGUGGUCAAUUUGUGUGAAACUUUUAAAGAAUUUUAAGAAUGCAAAGCUUUAGUUAAUGUGUUUUUGUUUCAAUAAAAUGAACUGGAAAUCUUCA